GUUUGCUGCUGAAGCUAAGACAAAAGCAUUCCGGAGAAGAGGAGUCACCAUGAACUUGUAAGAUCAAAUCGAAAAAUUCCACAGCAAAGACUUUCCGGAAGGCCAAAGUUACCUCCGUGAUUAAGAGCUGAAAGGGAUUUUUCCCUCCUGUACCAGACCUAACAGUAGAGAUGCCACAAACAAAGGAGCGGGGAAAGGCAAGGCAAGUGAUGAUUUUAAUUACAUUGAUGCUUUCGUGGGAGGUGGGUUCAGAAUCAAUUCAGUAUGCCAUGCUGGAGGAGACAGAAAGCGGCACCUUUGUGGCCAAUCUGACUAAGGACUUGGGACUAAGGGUGGGAGAAUUGGCUGCUCGUGGCGCUAGAGUGGUUUUCAAGGGGAACAGACAGUAUUUGCAGCUUGAUCCACAGACCGAGGAUUUGGUGCUAAAUGAAAAGCUAGACCGGGAAGAGCUGUGCGGCUCCACGGAGCCUUGCAUGCUGCCUUUCCAGGUGCUACUAAAAAAUCCUUUGCAGUUUUAUCAGGCUGCAUUGAGAGUUAUAGAUAUAAAUGACCACGCCCCAGAGUUUCCUGCCAGAGAGCUGCUCCUUAAAAUAUCAGAAAUAACUGCACCAGGAAAGAUAUUCCCUUUGAAAAUGGCGCAGGACUUAGACACUGGCAGCCACAGCAUUCAGAGCUACACUGUCAGCGACAACCACCACUUCCACGUACUCACCCGCAGCCGCAGCGAUGGCAAGAAGUUCCCCGAGCUAGUGCUGGACAAGGCACUGGACCGUGAGGAGCAGGCUCAGCUCAGACUAACGCUUACUGCGGUGGAUGGCGGGUCUCCGCCCAGGUCAGGGACCACUGAGAUUCAAAUACUUGUCUUAGAUAUAAAUGACAACACUCCGGAAUUUGCUCAGGAGCUCUAUGAGGUCCAAGUUCCAGAGAACAACCCCAUAGGCACACUGCUCAUUACCCUCUCAGCAAGAGAUUUCGAUACAGGAUCCUUUGGAGAGGUUUCUUACGCACUGUUGCAAGAUGAUGACGUUAACGAGCCUUUUGUAAUAAACACAAAGACAGGGGAGAUUCGACUGAGAAGCACGUUGGAUUUUGAAGCAUUUCAGUCCUACCAUGUGGGUGUUGAGGCCAUAGAUGGUGGUGGGCUAACAGGAAAGUGCUCUUUAGUUGUGCAAGUAUUGGAUGUGAAUGACAAUGCUCCCGAAGUGAUCCUAUCCUCACUCAACAGCCCCAUCCCUGAAAAUUUGCCAAGCAUCAUAGUGGCAGUAUUCAGCGUUUCAGAUGCAGACUCAGAAAAUAACCAGGAGGUUACGUGUUCCAUACAUGACAACCUUCCAUUUCUCCUAAGACCAUCCAUGGAGAAUUUCUAUACUUUGGAAACAGAUGGGGCACUGGACAGAGAGAGCAGAGCUGAGUACAACAUCACCAUCACAGUCACCGACAUGGGCACACCCAGGCUCACAACCCAGCACACCAUAACAGUGCAGGUCUCUGAUGUCAACGACAAUCCCCCUGCCUUCACACAAACCACCUACACCCUGUUUGUCCAGGAGAACAACAGCCCCGCCCUGCACAUAGGCACCAUCAGUGCCACGGACUCAGACUCAGGCUCCAAUGCCCACAUCACAUACUCUCUGCUGCCCACCCAAGACCCGCAGCUGGCCCUCGACUCGCUCAUCUCCAUCAAUGCUGACAACGGACAGCUCUUCGCGCUCAGGGCCCUGGACUACGAGGCCCUGCAGACCUUCGAGUUCCAGGUGGGCGCCACAGACCAAGGCUCUCCUGCACUCAGCAGCCAGGCGCUGGUGCGUGUGCUGGUGCUGGACGCCAACGACAAUGCGCCCUUCGUGCUCUACCCGCUGCAGAACGCCUCUGCACCCUGCACAGAGCUGCUGCCCAGGGCAGCAGAGCCAGGCUACCUGGUCACCAAGGUGGUGGCAGUGGACCGCGACUCUGGACAGAAUGCCUGGCUGUCCUUCCAGCUGCUCAAGGCCACAGAGCCCGGGCUGUUCAGCGUGUGGGCUCACAAUGGCGAGGUGCGCACCUCCAGGCUGCUGAGUGAGCGCGAUGCUCCCAAGCACAGGCUGCUGCUGCUGGUCAAGGACAAUGGAGAUCCUCCAAGGUCUGCCAGUGUCACUCUGCAUGUGCUGCUGGUGGAUGGCUUCUCUCAGCCCUACCUGCCUCUGCCAGAGGUGGCGCACGACCCCACCCAGGAUGAGGAUGCGCUCACACUGUACCUGGUCAUUGCCUUGGCUUCUGUGUCUUCCAUCUUCCUCUUGUCUGUGCUGCUGUUUGUGGGGGUGAGGCUGUGCAGGAGGGCCAGGGCGGCCUCUCUGGGUGGCUGCUCUGUGCCUGAGGGACACUUUCCUGGUCACCUGGUGGAUGUCAGCGGGGCAGGGACGCUGUCCCAGAGCUACCAGUAUGAGGUGUGUCUGAGGGGAGACUCUGGGACUGGUGAGUUCAAAUUUCUAAAGGCAAUUAACCCCCACUUCCCUCCUUUGGAAUCUGAGAGGAAAACAGAGGAAACUCCUACUCUUCGGAAUAGCUUCCUAUUCAUCUAAAUACCGUAGUGUAGUAGUAAAUUCUGUCUAAGCUUAGAAAUACCUUUUAACCUGA